CUAGUAGUGCGACAGUUCCGGACUUGUGAUCGUCUGUACGUUGCUGGAGAAGAGUAAAUUUUACUCGAAGCCUCGAAGUGUUGGGCUCCGAUACUCUAUCCUUACAGUUAAACACUCAAUGAAAACGGUCAAAGAAGAAAUGAAGGAGAGUCUACGCAAAGACAGAUGGUCCCUCCAUUUUGAUGGCAAACAUCCUGAGGGACGAGAGUAUCAGGCAGUUGUUUUAAAGAAUCCUGACUCCGAGAUCAAGCUAGCAGCGCUGGAUCUGAAUGACAGCAAGGCCGAAAGUAUUGCAGAUGGCAUCUCUGAUGUGAUCGACGAAUACAAGCUUUGGGAUUCAAUUAACAUGAUUGUAGCUGACACCACCAGCGUCAAUACUGGGAAGCAAUCUGGAGUUGUGGUGAGGCUUCAAAGAAUGUUCACCAGCCGAGGCCACCAGGUACCACAAUUCAUCAGCUGCCAACACUACGUCCUAACAGAAUACUACGCUUAGUGAUGGACCAGGAGCUCGGAGCCAAUACAAGGUCCCCAAACAUUGAGUACUUUUUUGUACGCAAUUGGAUUAACAUUGAAAUAUUGGAAUCCAAAUUUGUAAAUAGAACUGAUUAGAUUACUGAUCGGUCAGGUUGGAGAGAUGAUAUGCGGUUUCUCUACCACCUGACAAGAGUUAUGCGCUUCCAUGAUGAACAUGGUCGAUUCCCAAUGGUGGAAUUAAAAAAAAAUCCCCAACAUCAAUAAUGCUCGCUGGAAUUCAAGAGCCAUCCUUGCAAUUCUUGCCUUCAUACUCAUGCCAGAUGCAAGGCGUAGGCUGAAGCGAGUUUGUCUCUUCAUUUGCACUGCUUGGGCUGACCGAUGGUUCUCAGACCAGAAGUUUCGUGUAGCCGACUUUGCCGAGUUAGAGGAGGCUUUAGCGCCCUACCAAGCAGCACUGGGGUGUCUCAGAAGACAUUGGAAGCAAGAGCCAUCAAGAAUUGAUAUCCCACGCGGUAACCAAUACUGUGAACGAGAAUCAAAGUGAUGCAGGAAAUUCAUGCCGUAUGUUAGGACAAGAGCAACGUUCCACUUCGAUUCAUCGUUGCUAACCAAAUGUUUAGUGGCCUAUUUUAUAUUAUCUGAUUACCCUGAUUAUGUUUUUUGUUCCUGUGUUAUUAAAGAGAAC